AUGCCGCCGCUCUCUCCUUCUCUUCAAUGCCGUUCCCUCUUUCCUUUCACUCGACCCUGUCUCUCCUCUAGCUUCUGUCUCCGAACUGUGCGCGUGCGCUCUCUCUCCCCCCGAGCUGCUGCUCCUGUCUCUGUGUUGAAGUCCCACCGGCUGCUGCUACUCCUGUCUCCGCCGCUGCGGUUGUCGUCGAGGUUCAUCUGGACCGCUGCGCUCCUCUUCCCUAGGUCCUCUUCUCCUAGCGGCUGCGGCCCAGACCUGCGACCGACUCCUCUUCUGAAGCAGCCGCUGCCGCCGCGACCCGUGACCCGCGACCGACGACGACAACCGACCCUCUCUCUUUCCGACGACCCCAAGGCACCUCGACUCUCUCUCUCUCUCUCUCCCCGAUCCCAAGGUAGAAGCCCCUCUCUCUCUCUCUCUCUCAGCUCCACGGAACCCCAGCAGCCUUUCUCUCUCCCAGCCAACAGCAGCAGCCAGCGCCCAGUGCCCAGCGCCGCCGUCGCCGACGAAGUCUUCUCCUCAGCCAGCGUCCAGACCCGGCGUCGGCGAUCCUCUUCUCCUGGAUCCCUUCUCCUCGCGUCGCCAGGUCUACUUGGAGCUGCUGUUGGCGUCGCCGCCUCUGUCCUCAUCGUCGUCGGCCACCCUGAAGUUGUGUCUCUGUCCUCGUCGUCGAGCCCCCCUCUCUCUCGCGUGCGCGUGUCAAGCCUCUGUCUUCGAUCUCCUCUCUGUCCCAGCUCACUUUCCUUUCUCCCUUGCCGUAACUUCUCUUCCUCUCUCGCCGCCAGGUCCUUUAUCCCCAACAAUUCCCCUUCAAGCCCAACAGGCAACACCUUCUCCUUCCACGGCGAUGCUUCUCCUCGCAUUUGUCGCCGCUGCGCUCUUUCACGCCGUCCGCCUUCAAUACCCGCUAGUGCAUUGUUCCCGAUUUGCCAUAGCCACCAAUGCCGCACCUACUUCGAUGCGAUUCAGAUGUUCCUGAAGGAUUAUUCUUCGGUAAAGAAAUUUUCAAUUCCAACACCAACUUUUCAUGAGUUUUGUGAGGAGUUCUAUUGGUCUGUGAAGAACAGGGGAAUGGCAAAUUCGGGGACUGAUUUGGCUGGAAGUUGAGGAACAGGGAUCUGCUGUCUCAACUUUUGAAUGAUUCAAAAAAGGUUGGUAUGUCCAGGAUUGUUGUCAUCGAUCAGAAGAGGAACAUUGAUGCAAAAUUUGAGAAGGCUCUCCAAAAUACUAUAUGUCCUUGCUCAAAGAUGGUCAAGGUUGAGGACAUUUAGGAUGGAUAUAUUAUCCAUUAUAACUUGCUGCUGACCUAGGUCUAGCGCGCAAAAUCUUUUCUCAUCAUCCUGUCAAAUAACUUUUUCAGAUUUACUUCCUUAAUUAGAAAGUAACCAUCAAUUAAUACACUAUAAACCACAACAUUAGGCAUGUAGUCAUGUUUCAACAUCACACUAAGUAUUUUUUGAGCUUCUUCAGUUCUUUUCUUUUACACAAAGCAUUGAUUAAUAUACUUAACGUAUAUUCAUUUGGCUUGAUGCUGUUUUUUAUCAUUUUUCUCAACAAUUUAACAGCUGUUUCUAAUUGAUUAACACCACAGUAUCCGUGAAUCAAGGAAGAAUAAAUGAACACAUUGGGAGAAAUUUUCCGUGCAGUUAUUCUUAAAAUCAAAUCUUGAGCUUUCUCUACAAGUUUAGUUUUGUAUAAUGCAUCAAUAACGGUGUAGAUUAUUAAGUUGGGCUUAGUUGGUUUUUUCUUUGGUAUUUGCAGCACUUCAAUGGUUUCUUCUACCGUUGAUUAAUGUUCCAAGAGUGACUUCGUUAAGCUUAAAUCCCAUGGCAUCUACCGUGAAGCUUCACGAUAUAGAUGCCAUAGGAUUUUAUCUUAACGAAGUCACUCUUGGGACGUUAAUCAAGGGGAUUUGUGAAGAAGAUCGGAUAGAAGAAGCCAUUGAAGUGCUGCAAAUACCAGAGAAGAAACCAACUAAACCCAACUUAAUAAUCUACGACACCGUUGUUGAUGCAUGAUGCAAAAUUUGGCUUGUAGAGAAGGCCAAAGAUUUGAUUUCAAAAAUGACUAUACGGAAAAUUUUUUCCAAUAUGUUCAUUUAUUCCUUUUUGAUUCAUGGAUACUGUAGUGUUAAUCAAUUAGAAGCAGCUGUUAAAUUGUUGAAAAAAAUGAAGAAAGACAACAUCAAGCUAAAUGAAUAUACGUUAAGUAUAUUAAUCAAUGCUUUGUGUAAAAGAAGAAGAGUUGGAGAAGUUCAAAAAGUACUUAGUAUGAUGUUGAAAUAAGGCUAUAUGCCUAAUAUUGUGAUUUAUAGUGUAUUAAUUGAUGGUUACUUUUUAAUUAAGGAAGUAAAUGAGGCAGAAAAGUUGUUUUACAGGAUGAUUAGAGAAGGUUUGGCGUCCGAUGUUCAGAGUUGCAACAUUAUAAUUAAUGGCUAUGCUUGGAACAGGUUCGUUAUUCAUAUAAUCUAAGAAACUUAUUAAGAUUUUCUUAUAAGAAAAGAAAGAUUUUGAUUUUCUGAAUAUUUAAAUAUUGGCUUUGAAAAAGGGUUUUUGGAUGAUUAACAGUUGGUUUUUUAAAAGAUUUAUAGGACGAACGAUAACCACGGCCUUGAUAUCAAUUCUUCUCUUUAUACUUAUCUUCUUGUAACAAUUCUUAAACUUUCUACUGAGAAUCCUCUCGAGGAUGAUGUUCUCACCCCCUAAAGAAUUUCUUUUUAAGUGGUAGGUUCAUGAAGCUUUGGCGCGAAACCGCGACUGAUUUACAAAUUUUAUGUAUAUGUUGUACUUUCUGUUUGUUGGGUUAAUUGAGACUUUACCCCUUGUCAAUUGUUGUUUUGAGAUUUUAGAAGGGCAGUAUUUGUAUUUAAGAAGUUUUGACUAAGUUUAUGUAUUUAUUUUUAUGUGAA